AGUUUUGCUCCCUCUUCCAAGAUCAGCCUUUGCCCUACCUUUUCAUCUGGUUCCUGCAUAUGAUGGCGAUCAUGGUGCGACAGUCAACGAUGGUGAGGCCGGCGAGGGAGACGAUGCCGACUCGGCUAUGGAACUCCCACCUCGACCUACUGGUACCGCGCUUCCACACGCCCAGCGUCUACUUCUACCGCCGCCCCGAGGGGGCAGCGGCCACAGAAGGCUUCUUCGACGGCGAGCGGAUGCGGCAAGCGCUGGCGGAGGCACUCGUGACCUUCUACCCGAUGGCUGGCCGCCUCGCCCGCGACAAGGACGGGAGGGUCGAGAUCGACUGCAAUGGUGAGGGCGUGCUCUUCGUCGAGGCCGACGCACCGGACACCACUGUCGCUGACUAUGGCGACUUCGCGCCCACCAUGGAGCUCAAUCGCCUCAUCCCGGCCAUUGACUACACCCAGGAAAUUUCAUCCUUCCCACUCGUCGUGCUCCAGACUUGGUGGUACGGAUCACACUUGUUUGCCAUAGCUCUGCUGGCGUCUGCUUCCGAAAAACAAUUUGUACCGCUCCAGAAGAUGCGAGUGACCCAGAUAACACUGAACGCUACUGUAGCAGCGAAUCCCUGCCCUGUAAGCCGUCGGAUGGAGCCCAAUGGACGGUCAGAAAUGCAUUUCAGUGCCUGAAUUCAAAGAUUCAAAACUCAUACAAUAUAUAGUAGUAUAGAAUUUUAUGCUGUUGGCGGAUGGUAGUACAAUAGCUGCCUGUAAGAUACGAAGAAGUUACAGUUACAGUGAGCUCCAGGUGGUCCUCGGUCAAUUAUUGGUGUAGGCCAAACAACCACGUUGGAGGUUGCCUUUAUUAUAUACUCCUUCCGUCCCAUGAUAUACACUUUUAGCUUGCAAAACGAUCUUAUACUAUGGAACGGAUGGGAUAAUAGUUUUGUCAGGUUUAUCAUAAGAUUUUUUAGCCUAACUUGACUACAAGCUAAUAGUACGAGUUGGUACAUACUACUGUUUUCAUGUUUUCAAUUAAUUGGUUGGUACAUACUACAAUUUAUUGAUUACAUCAUUGGUAGAUACACCCUCCAUGUAAAAAUAUAGUGCAUACUUACUUAUGUCCCAAAUCAAACUUUGUAUACUUUGGAAAAGGUUAUUAAACAAAUAUUGACAUCUACAACACCGAUGAAAUAUAUUCAUGUCUCUUAGGUAUUGGGUAUUGAAAGUAUCUAAUAUGUAUUGUACAUUGAAAAAAGGGAGCAUAAAAUUGGAUAUUCGAGAAAGACACCCUAACAUUAAAUGUGUGAUUCGUCAAUAUUUGUUUGACUCUUUCGAUAUAAAAUUGGCCAGUUUUUUUGGUGUCAGCGGAUAGUAAUACAACAGCUAGCACUCCUACAUUAUCUGUGAACAUGUGUGCUACCACAACAGAAUGUUGUCUUAUAGCGACUAUGUGCACUGAUUGUAAUUAACCUUAGUGAAAUCAAGGCGCUAAAUUCUUCAAUGUUUUGGAUAGAAGAUGAUGAUUAAUUAUUACGUGAUCCUCACUGAUCAAAUAUAUUUCUCACAAAGGCUAUAGAGCAAUAAAGAAAUACAAAAGCCAAGCAUAAAGAAUACUAUGCAGCUGGACGAAGAAAAAAAAAAUAACAGCUAAACACUGACAUAACUAAGGUCUAAGGAUGGUGGAGAAUUUCAUAUAUUACUUUGUGUACUUAUAUAUAGGGUAACGCUAUUCUAAGCGUGAGUGUAGAAUAGCUUAUUCUACACCCCCUAGUAAACGCUAUAUACAAAAUCUAG